CGCCCGCGCGAGGCGCCGCGGCAUGGAGGACUGCGAGCGGCUGCGGCGGCUGCGGGGCCGCGUGCGGCUGGUCCCGGACUUCCCCAGCCCCGGCGUGCUGUUCCGCGACAUCAGCCCGCUGCUAAAGGACCCCGAGGCCUUCGGGGCAGCCAUCGGUCUCCUGGAGGCCCACCUGAGGGCGGCCCACCCGCACACGGACUACAUCGCGGGUCUGGAUGCCCGCGGCUUCCUCUUCGGGCCGCCUCUGGCGCAGAGACUGGGGAUCGGCUUCGUGCCAAUACGCAAAAAGGGGAAACUCCCCGGCCCCACGGAGACGGUGUCCUACGCCCUCGAAUACGGCCAGGCUGAACUAGAAAUCCAGAGGGAUGCCGUGGAGCCGGGAAAGAAAGUGGUCCUUGUGGAUGACCUGCUUGCCACGGGCGGUACCAUGCGCGCAGCCUGCGAGCUGAUGAAACGUCUGAAGGCCGAAGUGCUCGAGUGCUUGGUGGUCAUCGAGCUGCUGUCUCUGAAAGGGGCCGAGAAGCUGCAGCCUUUGCAUUGUCACUCCCUGCUGCAGUAUGACUAGUGCUCGGAGCAGACCGCCCAGCUGCCUGGCUGGUGCCAGGUCUUGCUCCCACUGCUUGCAUGAAGGUUGUUCUAAACUCCUGUUUGGGCAGUGAUUUGUUUGAGACCUAAUAAAACAAACCUAGCUGUCAACCAGGGGUACAUAA